AGUUCACAUCGAAGAUGGCGGCGGGCUUCGACCUGCUGCUGGAGGAUUUUGUGAUUAAAAGAGUGGCCGAGAAACUUUUUAGCGAUAAUUCGUGUCGCGCUAGAGACGAGCCGUGCGUAUUUUAUAGCGUUAAGUGCGACACGAAGUGCGGUGCCAACUCCGGCAUGCGAGGCAGUACAUCUAGCCAGGGUUAACUAGUGAGAAGCUGUUAGCCAGAGUUGUUUUUAAAAACACAACAUAUAGCACUGUGUGAAACUGGGGUUUAGUUGCUAUAGGAACCGCUCCGGAUAGUUUCAACCUAAACUAGAGCUGAAGAGUCCGGGUUACAUUGUGAUCCGUCUGUGCGCGACUUGCAGGACAGAAUUUGAACGAUUUAUCAGCGGAUCUGGAGUCUAACAGGGAUCACCAGUACAACUCUUACUAUCUACACUACCUAUAGACACUUCUCCUGGGUGUGACUGAUUUUAUAUGGUGGUUUUAAUCGCCAUGGUGCCUCUUUUGCUCCGGCAUGAAGUCAAAGUCUUGGCUGCGUUGUGAUCCGUCAGUUCACACGUCUGUUUGCGACUUGCUGGACACGAAUGGGUCGAUUCCCACACUGGAUCUAAAUCAAAACACAAAUCACACCAGUUACUGUCUGUAAAGGCUGGACACGGCUGGCAGCUACUUUGCCCGGUACUUUACUGGUUUGUACCCAGUGGAUCUGAACCAAAAUAAGGAUCACACCAACUACUAUCUGGACACGUCUGGAAACUACGUUGCCCGCCUCUUUACACACGUUUCCCAGUGGAUCUAAACAAAAACCAGGAUCAAACCUGGAUUUAAAUGACAUGAUGACUACUUUUCCCGGUACUUCACUGGUUUGUUCCCAGUGGAUCUAAACAAAAAUGAGGAUCAAGCCUCUACAGUCCGGUGGAUCUAAAUGACAUGAUGACUACUUUGCCCGGUACUUUACUGGUUUGUUCCCAGUGGAUCUGAACCAAAAUAGGGAUCACACCAACUACUAUUUGGACACGUCGUUUAACUGCUUUACACACGUUUCAAAGUGGAUUUAAACAAACAUGAGGAUCAAGCCUCUACAGUCCAGUUGAUCUAAAUGACAGGCACAAAGUUAUAGCCUGGGUUUGCACAGUGAUCCGUUAGAUCACACACUGGUUUCUGGUGGAACCGAACCGACACUGUGCAGGUACGAUCUGUUGUAUUUAAAUGCCACAGUGACUACAUUGCCCGGGCACUGAGACAAAAGCUGGUAACCUGUAACUUGACUGAAACCGAACCAACACCGGGAUCACACCCUGAAACUUCAGGGAGUACAGCUGAUCCCACCCGGUCGUUGUAUAAAUGCUAUGGUAACUACUUUGCCCGGGCACGAAGUCAAAGUCAAGAUCGGGACGCCAACUGUGCCAGCCGUGCCAACUUUGAACGGAGGCAAUGCGAUGGAUCCACGUUCAAACAGCACACCUGUUCAAUCGAGCGACCCACCUGUCGGCAACGUGACCGUGCUCAACAACGGGCCUGGCAUAACGAAAGGACUGGUAUCUGUACCCACUGCACCCGGUGUACCUGCUGCAUCUUCCACCUCCAACACUGUAAUCCAGACGUCUUUCGUUUCGCCCAUUUCUGUCACCAAUGCCCCCGCGGUCAGGCCACCAACUAUGCAAGCAGCCACAAUUAACGGGGGUAACGCAUCAAUGCCAGCUGCACCCACCGCGUCCACCACGAUUCCCGGCCCCAUCAAAACCGAGCCCCUGCAGACUGUGAUCCAAACCCACGGCGGAACAGCGCAGGUUUCCCAGGGGCCAGCGAAGACCGGGGGGUUGAUGGUCAGGGGCGGGGCUCCGGUGACAGGGGGCGGGGCUCCGGUAGCAGCACCGGCGACGGGGGGCGUCAGGACUAUAGCACCGCAACAGGUGCUCGCUCCCCGGCUGCCCCAAAGCACCCCCGGUCAGCCCAGCAUCCACAACAUCCAGCUACCUCCAGGUAUGGUCCUUGUGCGCAGCGAGACGGGCCAGCUGUUGAUGAUCCCUCAGCAAGUGUUGGCACAGAUGCAGGCUCAGAUGCAGGCCACACGUGCCGCCACUCCUGCCAGCACCACGCUCACACAGAUCACGUCAACACAGACCCCUGGAGCUCCAGUCAUGACAAGACCGGUGACUCCCAGCAUCAUCAAGCAGGGUUCACCAACACCUACCCCUACUGCAACAACUACACUCCAGAGACCACCUGUGCAGCCAUCCUCGGUGGGCUCUGUGUUGGCAGUGCAGCCUGGCACCGCCCAGAGAAUGGUGACUCCUGCCACGGGGACCAGCGUCACCUUGGCAACGGAGACGAUGGAGAAUGUGAAAAAGUGUAAGAACUUCCUGUCUACGCUGAUCAAGCUGGCCACCAAUGCAAAGCAGUCCUCGCAAACGGCUGCCACGGUCAAAGAACUGGUCAAGAACUUGCUGGAAGGCAGGAUAGAAGCUGAGGACUUCACCAGCAGGUUAUACAAGGAGCUCAACUCUUCACCCCAGCCUUAUCUUGUGCCUUUUUUAAAGAGGAGUCUUCCCGCUCUGAGGCAGCUCACCCCAGACUCCUUGGCCUUCAUCCAGCAGAGCCAAGGCCUGCAGCAAGCCAAACCUGCAUCCAGUGUAGCACUGACUGCCUCCACUGCGGCAAAUGCUACUGCAGCUACCGCAACUCUCGCUGCGUCUGUAGCUCCUGUUGUCACUGCGGUCACUUCAACUCCGGCUGCACCUGCUCCAGCCGCCACCGCCCCACGCACGCUUACCCAACCCGCUCUUACUACCGCCACCCAACCUGCUUCACUGGUUUUACAGUCCCAGCAGCCGGGGGCAAUAGUGAAGUCCUCACAGGUCACCCUUACUACCCCUAUGGUAACGCUCAGGGGUCAGCCGCACAGCCGCAUCGUAGUGGGCCAGACUCCAGUGCAAGUCAAACAUCUUAACACGGUGGCCGUGAAGCCAGGGAUGAUGAGUGGAGCGAAAGUCUCCCCCAGUCCAGUGGACAUUGCUGCAGCUCAAAAGAGCAAACUGAAGUAUUCAUCUGGGGGAACGUUCAAGGACGAUGACGAAAUCAAUGAUGUAGCCUCCAUGGCCGGUGUGAAUUUGUCAGAGGAGAGCGCGCGAAUCCUGGCCACCGGCUCCGAGUUAGUGGGAACUGUGACUCGCUCCUGCAAAGACGAAGCUUUUCUGUUCACAGCCGCACUGCAGAAAAGGAUGCUGGACAUUGGUAAACGGUUUGGAGUGACUGAUCUGGGGCCUGAGGUGGUGAACCUGGUAUCACACGCCACACAGCAAAGACUGAAGAACCUUUUAGAAAAAGUCACCGUCAUUGCACAGCAGAAGAACAUGAACUACAAGGAGGAUGGUCGGUUUGAACAGAUGACUGACGUUCGUGCACAGUUAAAGUUCUUCGAACAGCUGGACCAGCUGGAGAAACAGAAAAAAGAAGAGCAAGAAAGAGAAAUUCUCAUGAAGGCAGCCAAGUCUCGUUCUCGACAAGAGGACCCAGAGCAGUUGCGGUUAAAACAGAAGGCCAAAGAGAUGCAGCAGCAGGAGCUCGCUCAGAUACGACAGAGAGAUGCCAACCUGACGGCGCUGGCUGCUAUCGGACCCAGGAAAAAACGGAAACUGGACUCAUCUAAUACAAGCGUCGAUGAGGGUUCUGGGUCUUCAGGAAGCAGCUCUGUGGGUUUGAGUGGCGGAGCGUCGAGACAGUUCACUCGUCAGCGCAUCACACGCGUAAACCUCAGGGAUCUGCUCUUCUGCCUCGAAAAUGAGAAAGCCAGCAGCCACUCGGAGCUGCUCUACCGGGCGUUGCUUAAAUAGCAGCUUCAAAGUGAAGCAGAGCUCAAAUAGUCGGGGUAUGAAGCACCACCCAGUUAGCGCUCGCCGUGUUGAGCUAGCGAGCAUCGGAAUGGUGCUGCUGGAAUCACGGAUGCUCUAGUGAACACCGCUCAUGUAGCGGAUACAUUGUGGAAGCGCUGCUCAACCUGCAGUCCGGCUCUACUGCUCAGUCUCUCGUCCAUUCUCUGUCGUUCUGUCUCUCACCUUUACACCUUUCUUACUCCAUUCUCGUUCUGUUUCUUCUACACUUGCUGACUCGCAUUCACACACCCACACUUUCUCAAGGUUUUUUUUCCACUUGCUUUGUUCUUACUCAGUUUGUUCUUACCUGCAUCGCAUCGUUCUCAUAAGUUUAAUGUAAUUAAAAUGUGUUCAAAGCAAAUUUCACUUAUAAAUCCAAUGUUUUUCUUAGAGGGUGGCUUUGUUAUGUGCAAAUUACCAAUGUAAAAAAAAGAAAUACACGAUGAAACUGCUCAUUCAUUUUGUAUUUGUGUUUUUAUAAAAGAGGUUUUAAGAAAUAAAAAAAGAAAACAG